CCGCCGAAGAGAUGUCGGGAGAGGGGAAAUGGACUGAUGGGCAGCCGGGGAUGCUCUUGCUGCACGCAGAGAGUCUAGUCGAGGGGGGCGAAACGACGAGGGUGGAGGCCGCCCGCAUGGUGGGUGGGAAGGGAAGGAAGCGGCUCGAAGGGCGCGCCUCCCGCUCGGCUUAAUCGCAGCACCAGCAGCAGUCCCUGGGCUCUUCCUGUGGCUAAGCACGGAUCUGGGCUUGCAUCCUCGCCGGGGGCUGCUCACCUGGGUUGGUUGCCUGCUGUGGCCGCCUUCGGGCGUGAGCGGCGAGAGGGCGCUGGAGACUCGAGAGAUGGGUGCCUUCUGAGAAACGGAGUUUCGUUUCUCCUCGCCUUUUGGAAUAAGUGGAACAUCCUGAAUGGGGAGCAGGGUCGGAUAGUCGUCAUUUUUUUAAAGGCACUUCCUUUCUUUGCUCCUCCAAGUCGUCUUAAGUCAUGGUGGCUCUUACGUUUGAAGGGCCUGGAGGAGGGGAGGAGACGUUCGUUAACAAGGGCUCACGGUUGUAAAAUAGUUGUGAGUCCUUCCUCGUAAUUUGACCACCUGCAGCGCAUUAGCGAAAUACGAAUCUACGACAUUGUUCCCUCAUUUUUUUCCAACUGUGUGUGGGUUUUGUUCUGGGCGGCAGUAUCCAGGAAGUGUGUGCACAUGCUUUCAGAGUGGGGCCUUCCUGAUUCAACCUGAGUGGGAUCUAAAAUUGAGCAGACACUAAGAAAUAUAAAUGCAUCGUGAUUCAUGUCCACUGGAUUGCAAGGUUUAUGUAGGUAACCUUGGGAACAAUGGCAACAAAACUGAAUUGGAAAGAGCCUUCGGCUACUAUGGACCACUGCGCAGUGUGUGGGUUGCUAGGAAUCCCCCUGGUUUUGCCUUCGUUGAAUUUGAAGACCCACGUGAUGCUGCUGAUGCAGUUAGAGAACUAGAUGGGAGGACACUUUGUGGAUGUCGUGUCAGGGUGGAACUGUCCAAUGGUGAAAAGCGUAGUCGGAACCGUGGUCCGCCUCCUUCGUGGGGUAGACGUCCUCGAGAUGACUAUCGCAGGAGAAGUCCUCCACCUCGCCGCAGAUCUCCACGAAGGAGAAGCUUCUCCCGCAGCCGCAGCAGGUCCCUUUCUAGAGAUAGAAGGAGAGAGAGAUCACUGUCAAGAGAGAGAAAUCAUAAGCCUUCCCGGUCAUUUUCCAGAUCUCGUAGCCGUUCCAGGUCUAAUGACAGAAAAUAAAGUUUCAGAAGAGCAGUGUACAGGAAGUCACAUUAGAUCCGAGGAAAGGAGUGUGUACAGAACAUUGUUUUCUUUAAGACUUCAUAAGCUUGGUGCAUUUUUAAAAAUGUUUUAGCUGUCAAAUUUUGUUUUCUUGUUUCUUGUAACAGGUGACAAAUGUAACAGUUGUGAAUCUGUAUAUGGUUCUGAGCAGAUCAUAUGAAGUGUAAUAAACUCGUUUUACAGUGUACCCUUAAGCAUAACUUUUAUAUGUAUUAAUAACCAGUUACCUUGCAUAGACUUACCAAAUAAAACCUCAAAAGCCAUGCAGCGGCAAAUGUUUCUAGUCUGUAUUGUGAAUCCUUGUAGGAUGUGAAUUUGGAAGGAAUUUCAGAAUAAAUGUGGACUACAUUAAUCAUGAGCAUUUGCCACAAUCACAAAUGGGCAAUCCAUGUAGGGUGAGAUCUGGAGGUUACUUGGUCAGAAUAAAACCAAUAGCAAGCAAAGGGGGAUAUUGAAAACCUUGAAGUCAGACUUUUUAGAACUGUUCCAAAGUUCUGAUUCGUACCAGCUCAGCCAGAACUACCUUCUAUUGUGUAAAGUGUAGGCAUAUUUUUGAGUUGAGCACUUCUUGGGUGAAACUAAUGUGAUCUUCCUAGUGAUCUGCUCAGUAUUUCUAAGCAGUCCAAAAUAAGAUCAGAUGACUGAAGGAAAUCAUUUGAAUGCGUAAGGGUACAUUGUAGAUGUUUAAAAAAUUGUGCAUAAGUUGUCAUGUCACUGUAAACUCUUGGAAAUCUUGGGAUUAAAAGUUUUGGUUAAAAA